AUGUCGCAGGUGAACAAUCGUGGUGUCGUGAACAAGCGGUUGCGAAUAUCCUCAACAGGCGCCUUUCGUCACGGUGAGAACCAGUCGUCAUCGUCGUCGACAAAUGUCGCUCAAACUCAAUAUAAUCCAUCGGGUUUAUCGAUUGAUAAUGAAACUGAAUUAUCAUCUGAUUCAAUAAAAGAACAAUUAGAUCAUGUUGAUGACAUAAUAACACAACCAAUAAUUGAAGUUCCAACAAAACGUUUAUUACAUAUAAAAGAACUUGGAGGAAAUUUAUUUGUUUCAUCAUCAAGAAAAAUUUAUUCAAAAACUUUACAAAAAUUAAUUGAUCGAGUUUUAUUUACAAAAUCAUUAAAUAAUGAUGUUAACACAGCAACAUCUGAUAUACAUGUAUUUGAACGUGUACUUGCACGUACAGAUGAUAAUGAUGCAUAUUCAACAUGUACAUCAUUAGCACAACCAACACCAGCAACAAUACUUAUACUUGGUUUAACAUCAUGUGAACAUGCUUUGGUAUGGAAAUUAUCUCAACGACGAAAUUUUAAAAUUUAUUGUUCACCAGCUAAUAGUGGAAUUAUAAUUGAUCAAACAUUUGUAAUAGUAACAAAUAUUUUAAAAAAUGAUAAAGAGAUUUUAGAAUUUGUUGAUACAAAACAAAUCGAUCUUGUUAUAUCAUUAAAUAAAACAUUUUAUUAUGAAGAUCUUGAAGCACAAUUAGAUGAACGUGGUGUACAUUAUUUAGGUUGUUCAGUUGAUACAUUAGCAUUAAGUGAUAAUUAUUUAAAUGCAAAACAAUUUAUGACAAAACAUAGUAUACCAACAUUAGAUUGGAUUCAUUGUUUAAAACAAGAUGAAGGAGAAAAUUUUUUAAAUAAAUAUCCAAAUCAACAAGAAUGGAUUAUCCGUUCGAUUAAUGGAAAUCGAAUAAUAAAUUGUAAAACAACGGAUGAUGCUUUACAAAUACUUAAAGAAGUUUUUCAGGAUAACUUAUUUGGUGAAACUAAUCCAUCAGCGAUUGUUGAACAUGGCUAUUCGUUGGAUGAUGAUUAUGUAUGUACACUGUAUAUUGUAAGUGAUGGUGAUGGUGAUUAUACACAAUUACCAAUAAUAGAAUCAGAUCCAUUACGUUUUGGUGCAUAUGGUCCAUGCCCAUAUUUAACAUCAAAACAAUUAUCAUUCAUUCGUCGACGUAUUGUUGAACGAACAUUACGAUGUGCACCAUCGAUUCGUCAUUUAUUUGGUUUUCGUUUACUUAUUCAAGGAACAAACUAUAAUCAAAUUAGUUUACUUGAGUAUAAAUCAACAUUUGAAGAGCCUGAAAGUGAAGUACUUUUAUCUUUAUGUGAACCCGAUGUAUUCCUUCAAUAUGCACUUGAUUUACCGUCUGUACCAGUUUUACCAUUAACAAAUAAAAAACGUCGUGCUUAUUGUGUUAAUACAACAAUAACGUCGAAAAAAAUUCCAUUAACAAUUCCAAAUAAAAUUUUAUUAACAGCAGCCAAAAAUAAUAAAGUUAAAAUAUUUCAUAAUCAAACAGAUGUGAUUAUAGGAGGAGUAGAAACAAGUAAUAUAACAACAAAUGGAGAAAGAAUUUUCAAUGUACUUGGAUAUGGUUCAACAUUACAAGAAGCACAAAUUCAAUCUGUACUUGCUUGUGAAUAUAUUAAACAACAAAUGAAUAUUGAUGAUCUUUUCUUUAAAUCUGAUAUUGGAUCUCGAACUAUUGAUUGGUAUAAAGUUCAUGGUGAACAUUCUAAUUCUCUACAAGGUCGUUUAACAAAUGGAAAAAAGAAAAAAUCUAAAAAGAAAAAAUCUAUUUCAACGGUACCAACUAAGCCAAAUCGUAGUAUUACAACACGUGGUCAAAAUUUAAAAACUUCCGAACAAAUUGAAGAUAAUGAUGAUGAAACAAAUGAUGAUGAUGAGGAUGACGACAGUGAACCAAUGGAUUUUGAACGUGCAUUUGGUUCCAUAUCCGAUAUUCCAAAAUUAGAAUAUAUGAAUAUUUAUCAAAAUAAUAAAAUUACUGAUAGUUUACAUACUUUCGAAGGAGAAUCAUAUUUUGAUCUUUCAACUAAGAUUGAUCUUAAAACUUAUACACAACCAGUUCUUGUUUCAUCCACGAUUAAUUUAAAUUCACUGGCUGCUUUAUUCAAUUUAAAUGAUAAAGAUAUGAAUGAUAGUCAAACCGUAUUUGAAUAUCUUGGUUAUGAAUUAGCUGUUCGUUGUGCUAAUGAUCUUAGUUAUGCUCGUCCAUUAUAUAUUCAAUGUUGUUCAUUACCAAUAUCAUCAUACGAACGUUCCAUUCAAAGAUUCUAUCAAGGAAUUGAACAAGCAUGUCAACAAUUAAAUUGUACAUUACUGAAAACGACGUCAAAUUCAUCAUCAUUUAAUGCAUUAUGUACAGGUAUAUGUAAUCGAGAAUUAUUUAUACUUAAUAAUGAUAAACAUAAUCCAACAAUAAAUGAAGGUGAUUUAUUAAUUGGACUUCGAUGUAGUUCAGGUACAAUAAAUAGUCAAGGUUAUAUUCAAUUAAAAGAAUUAUUUCAAAAGAAAAAUGUUCAUUUAAAUGAUAUAUUACCAUUUCGAAAUAAUGAUGGUGAAGAAGAAUCUUUUUUUUCAUUAUUAUUACAAAAAUCAUCGAUAUUAACAUCAACAUUAACGAGUAUUAUUAAUGAACUUAUUUUAAAUCGAACCAUUAAAAUUAUACAUAUUGGUCUUGCUCGUGUGAUUCAAUCAUUACUUGAUUCAUCAACAGGAAUAUUAACUGCAGAAUUAAAUGGACAGCAAUGGCCCGUUAUGCCACCAAUUUUUACAUGGAUUUAUCAAAAUAGUGGUUUUAGUCAAGAUGAAAUGUUUGAAUAUUUUAAUUGUGGUAUUGAUUAUUUAAUUAUAAUUGAUCAUAAAAAAUCUUCAGUUGAAAAUAUUCUUCAACAAUUAACUCAAACAUAUACAUCAUGUUUUCUUCUUGGAACAUUUACUUCAAUAAAUUCUAGUCCAAUACGUAAUAAAUCAAUACAUUUACCUCAACAAUCACGACCACGUACUGUUCAAUUAAAAAAUGUUUUAUUUAAAUAUCCAAAACCAUGUUUUACAUCAAAUGAUACUUCGAUUGUUACUAAAGAUCGAAUGAAACAACCAAUUGCAAAUGAUAAAACACGUUGUGCUGUACUCAUUUCAACAAAUGAUACUUCAUUACUUUCUCUUCUUGCAUAUUCAACUUCAACAAUUGAAUGUGCAUUUGAAAUUGUUCUUGUACUUUCCACUUUAGCUAGUCUAUCAGAUAUAGCUCGUGUUAAUGAAGUCUAUCCAUCUGUUGUAACAAAAGUUAUUCAACCAAAAAAAUAUGCUGCAAGAAAUUAUGAUUUAGAUCAAAAAAUAGAUGAUGAAUUACAAUUACAUGGUUGUGAAUUAGUUAUACUUGAUCGUUAUGCAUGUCGUUUAUCACCAUCGUUUAUUCAAGCAUGGCGUGGUCGAUUAUUAAAUAUAUAUCCAUCAUUAUUACCAUCAUUUCGUCAUAGUACAUCACCAGUUCGUGAUGCAUUACAAGCUGGUGUUCGUAUAACAGGUGUUACAGUUCAUUUUAUAGCUGAACCUGAUACAGAUAAUGAUGGACCUAUUAUUGCUCAAGAAAGUAUUCAUGUAACACCAAUUGAAAAUGAAAUUCAAUUAGAAAAUCGUUUACGUACACUUGAACAACAAUUAUAUCCGAAAGCAAUUGACAUGGUUGCAUCAGGAAAAAUAAUUUAUGAAGGAAAAAAACGUAUGGGAAAAGUCAAUAUUGCUCCGACAAUUGCAUCUUCAGCUUAUUAA